AUGGAAUUGACUGCGCGUUUGCCGUUGAUGAACUUGAAGAUGCUGAGGUUUCUGGUCAUGAAGCCUGCAUCAGGUGUCAACACGCCAAUGCCAUCUAGGAAUGCUGAGAAAUUGCGAGGAGACGUCAGAUGCGAGACACGUCAAGCCACCAUGCGUCAUAGGUGCCGCGCACCUCGCUGUGCCUGCUAUAACAAGAGAUUUCCACUUGCGACGAAGUCAAGUCUAGACGACUUCUCUUUGCAGUCUUUCAUCAGCAGCGCAGAAGCCUGGGCAGAAGAACUUCAGCGCGCUCUAUCGGCCCAAGAGGAAUCAAUCAAUUCUCGCAUUUACAUGCGGCAACUCAUGCGCCUGAACAGAUCAUACAUUUCCGAACUCCCCGAUGAGCUCCUCGUCAAGAUCUUCUUUGAGGUUGCGACAGAGAGCCCCAGACACUUGCUUAGCAUCGUGAAGACAUGCAAGGCCUUCCACGACAUGGCCAUACCAUUGCUUUAUAGCAGUCUGGAACUGUUGUCCGGCCGUUCACGGGAGUACAUGCAAUCUCUAGGCAUGUCAUUCCGACGACACCCGCAGCGGAGAGGGUAUGCGAUAGAGGCAAAGCUUCGUGGAAGCCCCGAAACGUUCAGGUCUCUAGGGCAAAUCCCCGUCAUAUUCAGUCCCGAUGCCUUUCCAAACAUCAAACGGCUUCAUGGCAUCCGGGUAGACGUGUCCAGCCUUCAAAACAUCCUCACCGCCGAUGAGCCCUCUACCGGGACCUCCACGAUCGAAGAACUGAUCUUUGAGGAAUCAGAAAUUAGGAUUUGGCCGGCCGGCUUAGAUGCACUAUUGAGUGCGUGCAGAAUCGUGCGGAAGCUCGUCUUGCAUUGGGGAUGUGGUGCUGCAGAAUCGCCUAGAAACGGUGAAUUCCUUCAAGAGGCCAUGGGACUGGCUAUUGCGCGGCACGCGGCUACUUUGGAGACUCUCAAGUUAAUGCCCAAUGAGGCUCAGAUUAGCACCGACAGUCAAUCUGAGCCAGGAAGUUUGAAAGACCGUCUCCCUUCAUUCUCGGUGCUGAAGGACCUGACAAUCCAUAUGGUCUGCUUUGACGGUGGUGGGCAGACACAGUUCACAUUGAACAUGGGCGCGACGGCUCAGUUGGGACUUGUUAACUUCUUGCCUCCAAAUGCCUAUCAACCGGCAGCACGCCUGUCCGAGAGGGACAGAAAGAAGCAGCUGCAGACUUUCUAA